AUGAAUUCAAGCCACAAGCUCUUGAAUCAGUUGACUGUGGGAUUUGAUUCGAAGAAAAUCAAGGUUAGAGUGACGCGCAUGUGGGAUGCCAUUAACACAAAUACUGGUGAUGUGUUUGCUCUUGAAAUGGUACUACUCGAUGAAAAUGAAUUGGUUUACACUUCCAAAGUGACAAUUCUGAAAGUUGAUUUCAAUAGUCAACUGCACUACAAAGCAUGUCCAAAAUUUCAGAGAAAAGUGACAUUAGAAGGAUCUAAUUUUGUGUGCAAUGCUUGCAAUCAAAAUGUGGAGUAUCCUAAAUUGAGGUAUAUGUUAAAAGUCUUGGUAAGUGAUGCAACCGGUAGUGCUUGGUUUGUUAUAUUUGAUCAAGAGGCUGAAAGAAUAAUAGAACACAAACUUUCUUUUGUUCUUGAAGAAUUUAACAAGGGAAAAAAUCUGUUAUAUAAUUUAGGCAUACACCGCAUCAUUGAUAGUACGUAUCCUGAUCUAUUGGCUAAUUAUAAUAAUGCUUCAUAUCUUCGCAAUAGAGCUAUUCUUGCCCCGACCAAUGAUGUUGUUGAUGAAGUAAAUUCUGUUAUUCUAUCAUCCAUUCUUGGCCAAUCUAGGAUAUACUUAAGUGCUGAUAGAAUCUGUCCCACCUCUGAUUGCGGACUUGAGCAAGCUUCUUUAUACCCGGUUGAGUUUUUGAAUACACUUAAAUUCUCUGGAAUUCCAAAUCAUUCAAUUGAGUCAAAGGUUGGAAUUCCAAUUAUUUUGCUACGCAAUAUGAAUCAGAGUCAGGGUCUGUGCAAUGGUACACGGUUGAUAAUUACAAAUUUGGGAGAUAACAUCAUAGAAACUGAAAUGAUUACAGGGUCAAGUAUAGGGACAAGAUUUUUCAUUCACAGGAUUGACAUGACUCCUACGGAUUCAAAAUGGCCUUUUGUGAUGAUUCGACGUCAGUUUCCUAUUAAGGUUUGUUUUGCUAUGAUAAUAAAUAAGAGUCAAGGCCAAACUUUUGAUAACGUUGGAGUGUACUUGACAAAACCUAUAUUUAGUCACGGCCAAUUAUACGUUGCUGCUUCUCGAGUAACCUCCCGUCAAGGAUUGAAGUUUUUGAUCAAGGAUGAUCGAAAUCCGGAAAAUCGUCGUACAAGAAAUAUUGUUUAUCGAGACAUAUAUGAUAAUUUACGCAUUGGUAUAGGUUAA